AUGGCCUCUAAUAACGCAGUUAACCGCCCAGCACCAACUCCAGACAAUAACACGACUGUCGUAGUGGUGGUCUUUGUCUCUCUUGGUUGCGUCAUGUUCCUAGCGUUUGUUAUCUGUUUCCUGAUCAAGAAGAGAUCAAAGAAGAAUAGUGAGAAAAGUGUGGCGGUUCGUGUUGAUGAGCACUUUAAGAUGAAGGAAAAUAUAGUUGAGGGACCUCAUGGACGAGAGGCUGUAGUGUUAUCAGUUGAGGAUGAUCUUCAUAUCGAAGACUUGGUCAAGAAAGGUGAGAAGGUGGAAGUGGGGAAGAAUGCUGCAGGUGGAUCAUCUCACUUCAUCCGUUCGUAA